AUGCCAUCGCUUAAUGUCACACCAAUCGAAUUACGUGUUCGAACGAUUGUUGAACUUGUAAUCAAUUUCGAUGAAUACACAUAUAACUACAUGGAUAGUGUGGGACCACUUCAAGAACGUUGGAAAGAUAUAGCUAAAAAUUACAGUUAUUCUGAUCUUUAUGAGUUGGUGUCACUUUGUAAUGUUUUGGGAUGUAACAUUCGGAGUUUGUAUCCUCGAAUCGACUAUCACUCAUAUUUUGAUAUCUACAAUUGUACAUUUUCUCCAAAUGUUCCAACCGACAAUGUGAUUACUAUUUUGUGGUGCCAUACGAAGGUGGAGGCAGAAGCUAGAUUAUAUACCAAAGGAAAUUGGCUUCCAAAUCAUUUUGUUCCGGUUGUACUACUUCCACCAGACGCUACAACACAAUCAAAUAAUCAAACUUCUAGUACGGCUUUGUCUCAAAUGAAUCGUUUACAAAAAAGUUCAACUGAUCCUCAUAUGCCUUUGACAACAGAAGAAUCGAUGAUUGUAUUGGAUGAGUCCGAUUCAGAGAUGACAAACGAUGUUGUUACGGUAACAAAUACUACGACUUUGACAAGUGUUAAACCGGCCAAGCGAUUAUAUAAUGAUGCAAUAAGGAAACGUAAAUCAAGACUUCUAGAGACAACAGAACAGCGAACUAUUCGAUUAUUCAAACAACGUAAAUUGACAAAGAGAAAUCGAGCAAAUGAAACUGAAGAGCAAGUUAAAGCUCGACUCAGUAGAAACUCCAAUCGUAACGCUCUCAAACGGCUUGCUUUCUAUGAAUCACAAAAACAGGAACGUAUUCAAAAGGGCAAUAGUCAUCGUCGUAUUCAAACAAAGGAAGCAAUAGCGAAGACAAACCAUUGGCCUACUGUUGUGUCUUAUGAUUACAAAUGUCAAUGUCUUCAAAACUUUACCGAUCGUAUGUCAAAAUCAAAUGUAGCAGAGUCAACUUGCGCAUUAUGUAAUGUUCGAGCUUUUUCUCAACAUAUGGUUCAAUUACCUAUGAAUGACUUAAAAAACAAAUUAUUUCUUCGUCCUCAUAUUGAUAUUACAACAUUCAUUCCUGGUUAUGAGAAUUUAGUCAUAAAUGAUGAAAACUGGAUGGAAACAGAUACUAUCGACGAAGCAUAUCCUCAUAUUGAUCCGCAAUUCUCAAAUAAAAAAUACGAUCAAACAUUUUUUUGUGAAGGAAACGUUAUGUUAUACCGAAAAGGAGUAUCUGGUCACAAUGAUGAUGACAAUGCACAUAUUUGUUUAUUAUGCAAAGAUUGCUAUCUAGCUUAUUCAAAAGGACAAAUUCCAAAAUUUGGUGCAGCUAAUAAAAUGUGGAUUGGUGACGUGCCCGAGGAAUUAAAAGAUCUGACGAUCGUGGAGGAGAAGUUGAUUGCCAUUUAUCGACAUAAUACUUGUGUAAUUAAACUCCAAUCACCAUUUAAUUCUUCAUCAACGGCUCAAUCAGCGUUAAAAGGAAAUGCUAUUACAUUUCCGCAAAAUAUUCCGAACAUUGCAUCAAGUCUUCCUUUGGCUAUGUCAACUUUAUGUGAUACUAUCAAAGUGGUCUUCAUCGGAUCGCGUAUGCCAACACGAGACCAGGUGAGAAAAAUUCUCACAGUUCGUAAGAAAAAGGUGCGUAAUGCUUUGGAAUGGUUAAAGCAAAACAAUAUCUUGUAUGGAAAUAUUGUCAUUAAUGUUGAAAAUCUGAACAAUCUACCAGAUAAUGAUAUUCCUGAACCACUCUGGGCUACUCGAGAAGAACAUUUAAAUGCCAAUGAACUUGUUGAUGAGAGAGAGGGCUACGUUCCUGAUCCUUUAACUGAAGCAAACGAACGUGGUGAAAGAACUAAUGCUAGCAUAAUUUCCAUCAACGUUAGUGGCGUACUUGAUGUUAAAGGAACAAGUAUUACAUCAGAAGAUAUUAAUUACCAUCUACUACAAAGAUUACGUGCCGAUACUACAAAAUCGUCAAUAAAAUUUGGUGAGAAAUAUUUAAAUGGCAAUGAUAUUGUUUAUAUGAUUCCACAUGGAAGUAAACCUACAAACGAAUAUUUGAAUCCAAAUCUUCUUCCUGGCUUAUAUCCAACACUAUUUCCGUAUGGUUUGGGUGGUCUCGAAGAUCUUUUACGCCCAGUGAAAGUGUCAAUGAAGGAUCAUGUUCGUUAUUUGCUAAAUUAUGAUGAUAAGCGUUUUGAAAAGCAUCAUUCGUUUAUGUUUAUCGUUUUUAAUAUGAUCCAACGAAGAGAAGCAUGUUUACAAGCACGUCUAUUGUCUUCAAAACCAUUUUUUGCUAAUGAAGCUCAAGUUAUUGGUACGGUGACAAGCGAUGAAGUACAAAAAGUGUUGACACAAGCUAUUGAAGGCAAUUAUUCUACAAGUGAUAAUUCUCGAGUUAAUACAUUACUUAAGAAUAUUAAAUCCAUCGGUGGCCACGUAAUGGGAUCAGUACAUAAACGAUCUUCAUUAAGAACAUUGAUCCAUGCUUUAAUAUUCAAUCAAGGAUUAUUCAGUAUUUUUCUAACAAUUAAUCCAGCAGACGUACACCAUCCUUUGGCAAUGUUUUUUGCAGGUAUUGAUUUUGAUUUAGAUAAUGUUCUACCUGAAAAUUUACCAUCAACUUAUGAACGAGCUGAAAUUGUUGCUUCCCAUCCAGUUGCUACAGCAAAAUUUUUUCAUCAUCUUACUUCUUCAAUUCUUGCUACUUUAAUUGAUGGAGGUCCAAGUGGUGGAGUUCUUGGAAAAAUUAAGGCAUAUUUCGGCACAGUUGAAAGUCAAGGAAGAGGCUCUUUACAUUUACAUAUUUUGAUAUGGCUUGAUCAUGACCUAACACCAGUUGAUUUGAAAAAUAAUGUACAAAAUGAAAAUUUCAAAGAAAAACUGAUUACUUAUCUUGAAGAUAUUAUCAAAGAAGAUCUAGACAAAUUUCGAGAAACCAUUUUGAUCAAUUCGAACGAUCAACAAUCAUAUGAAAUAAAUCCAAAAAAUGAUCUCGCAGCUUGUCGACCAACACCAAAACCAUCGACAAAAAAUUUCAAUAAAAUUUUUUGGCAAGAUGUUGCCAAUCUGCGGCGAAGAAAUGCUCGAAAGUGUCGUAUGCGUAUGCCACGAAAGAUUAUUGCUAAGUCAGAAAUUGACAGUGUAACGGGCAACAUUUCAAUGAAGCGUAAUCAUGAAUGGAUCAAUAAUUUUAAUGAAUGGAUCAUGUCAGCAUGUCGUUCAAACAUGGAUAUAAAAUUUGUUUGGUCUGGUUCCGAUGCCAAAGCUUUAGCGUAUUAUGUGACAGACUAUGUAACCAAGUCUAGUCUGUCAUUUCAUGACAGUUUGGCACUCAUGAUCAAAGCCACAAAAGAUUUUGAUAAAAAACAAUCUGAUUCAUCUGAUAAUAUUCAUGAACGAUCACGACGUCUGCUUUUGAAAAUGCACAAUACAUUGGCAUCACAACAGGAGCUUUCAGGCGUACAAGUAGCUUCAUACAUUCUAAAUUUUCCAGAUCAUUAUACCACACAUGAAUUUCAAAAAAUUUAUUUAAUUGGAAUUGAAAAUCAUUUGGAGAAAUGUCUUCAAGAUGCAAAAACUCAACAAGAAAAUGGAAGCAACAUGAUUGAAAAUCAAACCUAUGCACAAAUACAUGAAUUUGAAGAUGAUCUUGAUGUUCUCAAUGAACACUUUCUUAUAGAAUCAGCUGAGAAUAAUAAAAUGGUCUUUGUAAAUAGUCGUAUUGAUUAUCAACAUCGAGACAAUACAUUGAAUAAUUAUUGUUUAUAUGAUUUUACAAGUUGGUUUCGAAAAAAAAAGAUUGACGAAAAUGACAAAAGAAUUUUGGCAAAAACAAACGAAGAAACAACUUCGAUUUCACGUGGACGUCCAUCCAAUGAACGUUACAAAUUUCUUCCUCAACAUCCUCAACAUUUUUCACAUAUUUUAAUGAAAUGGACCAAACCACGAGUACCAGUAUUGAUUGGACCUAUGAUUCCUCGCCGUGAACGAGAUGAAACAAAAGAACGCUACUAUCGUGCUAUUUUAACUUUAUUUGUACCGUGGCGCACAAUUACUGAUUUAUGUGAUGUUACUGAAACUUAG